UUCUUUGAACCUAAAGACUGCUCUGACAAUUUAGAAGAAUGCAUAGCAGAACACAAUUUGUGCAAAAGAGAGGGCAAUCCUCUCGAAUCUAUGUGUGGAAUUGAAGGUGGACCCUGCCAACUGGAAGACCCUGUCAUCUGUAACAUGACCAUUCAGUUCAUGUUGAGUGGCAUCUCCAUACGGAGAGGAUGCUUCUGCCAGUGGGAAGAAGAGCCAUGCACCCUCCUGAACCUGCUUACUGCAUCCUGCCAACAGCACAGAGCUGAACAGAAGACGGUUCCCAAGAUGAAAUGGCCAGAUAGCGGUCUCUCAGGAUAUGCGCCUGGCAUGAGCUAUUCUUGUAGUGGACAAAUGAACGUCUGCCUUGAGCUUGAAGCCUGCAAUAGACGGAUGGUGCCGCUGGUGAAGGCCUGUUCGAGCCCGUGCAACCAAUCACAGUGUGGCCAGAGAAUUCAGCAGUUUUACAAGGGCAUGCCACAGACUAUGGCGGAGAGGAUGGUCUUCUGCAGGUGCAAUCCAGAGGACCAGGAGUGUCUGGUGGCGAGAGCCAAUCUGCAUGGUGGCACAUGUGAGGACACUGAGGAAGACUGGACUUGUUUGGAGAUGUUGGACAGCUGUGUGGAGAGCCAGAUGUGCAGGGAACGAUUUGGCACCCUCUUGUCAAAAUGCCUGGGAAUUGAGCCAGUUGGCCUUGACGCCGAUUCCUACUCCGAGUGGGUUAAUCUCAUUGACUCACAGCUGAGUUGGAGCCAAGAAAGAGAAUGCAGAAUGGCAUUGGUGGCCUCAAUGGGCACUAUGCUUCAGCAACCGUGCAACUGUGAUGGCCUGCCCAUCUACGAGCUCCACAAAUGCAACAAACUCCAUCAGCUUCUACACAACAAGUCCAUGUUUAUGACUCAUUUGGCUAUAACAGGAGCUCCUGAUCCGUCGUCAGAGGCAACUGAUUGGAUAUCUGCACAGUGGUGGUGGAGUGAUCAUCUAGAUAAAGUUGUGUACAGCCUCUUGGUUGUGACAAUAUUAGGUGUCGUCAUUAUUGUUUUGCACAAAUUGGGGAGGCAGAGAGCAGUCGCAGACCAAGUCAAAUAUGGCACUCCUUCACAAAAGAACAGUGACAGUGAUGCUAGGUUUCAAUAUUAAAGUCAUCUACGACAGUAUAUGUUUAAUUACUCUGUAAUUCCUGUAUUUGUUAAUUGAUCUAAGAUUCUGCAAAUAUAUGUUAAAUUAGUGUGGUAUCUACUGGUGAUACAAAAAUGACUGAGCCAAUUAAGGAAAAACAUCAGAUCUAUUGCAGUCAAAUACAUGAUCUAAUGAUCCCGAUCUGAUAGCUGUCACUAAUCACUACAAAACAUAAAAAGACAAAAAAAAAAACAAUCCUACAGUACAUGUGGUUUGUAUCACAAUACUAUCUUGUUUUUUCAGAAAGUCUUUAUUUAGAAAGAGCAGGGAACAUAAAGUAUCAGUGCCGCUGUGUGAAAUAAUAGGAUGUUUGCCCAUGACUUGUUAUUGGCAAUUGAUUCUAAUCUUUUACAUUAAAUAUUAAGCUUCUUAUUUAUUUAGCUAUAUACUACUGUAUAUAGAGUAUACAUAUCACAAUACUAACACUCUGCUUUUCGGUAGCACUUAAUGGACUGUUGGACUAUAUCAUACUCAAUGUGAUGUAUACUUUGAUUAGCUAUACAAUAUUUAAAGCCCUGUAUUUAUUCAUCGGUGAAUUCUACCCAUUCUCCACUCACUCAGGCUGCAAUCAUCAUGCCACUCUCUCCAUAAAGAGACGCUUAAAUAAAUAUUUUG